AUUCAUAUGCAUUGGGUUGCAUGUCACAAAGCUCGAGUAAAGAGAAGACUGGGAAAAGAUAGACGAGAUGGAUGCUGUUCAAGAAGGAGAGAGAACUCCAGUGCAAUCUAAGAGAAGACGCUUGGCCCACCACAGACACAGAGCUCAGAGUAUCAUCCAGUUUCAAAGCCUCGACCAACUAGAAGAUGAAGUGACACACGGGUACUACGAGACCACCCCAACCAGACAAGGGAGUCGCAAACGUGUCAUUCUCAUCGAAAUCCUCAACGGGUUGUUAUGGUGGAUUUGUUUCGGACAAUUAUCCUGCCUUCUUCAUAGUAAUUCCCCUCUCUCGUUAUGGCAACAGUUCUCACUUAUCGUGUUGAUACUAAUAUUCACUGUAUCGUUUACAUGUCUGAGUAUUCUUAAGAGAGCAUGUCUUAGUCACUUUGGUCUCCUAUUCUUACGAGUCUCUAGUAUCCUAAUACUGGUAUCGGACUGGUUUUAUUUGCCGCUGGUGGGCGGAGUGAUUGGAGGCGUGGCUUGUUUCCUAUCGCUGAUGAGUGGGUUAUGGAAUUUAUCAAUUUUGGACAAGUAUAGGAAGAUCCAUUUCCAUCUAUUAGCUCUCAUUUUACUACAGAUAAUGUCAUUUUGGUUCCCAGCCUUUUCUCGCUCCUUCUUCCUCUCUUUCUACAUUGGUCCCUCACUAGGACUGGUCAUCACUUGCAUUACUUUUACUCAGGACCACAGGACUCCUCUCGUUAGCAGUGACAAGUUAUCCGGUCGGAGAGACUCCAGAAAGUCCUCCUUGGUGUGUGCUAAUCGAUCCGAAUGGGCGUGGUUAGGGGCUGGGUUUGGUUGUCAUUUGUUUAUAGCCUGGGCAGUUUAUGGGUUGAGUGGAAUGGCUAGCGAGUGGGAGGAUGGCAGUAGCACUCUUUCGACUCAAGUAUUAAGGGUCCUAGUCAUAGCAGCUUUCUGUGGGGGUGUGUUGCUAGGCAAUGAGAGUAACCUCCCCCUCAUCUGUUCGUACCAGUGGCUGACAAUGGGAGGGAUUGGCUAUCUAUUGUUUGUCUAUUGUAAUUCAUCAACAGCUGCUCUUGGUCUCCUAUUAGUAUCACUACAUAUUAUGUCACUAUUACCCCAACUCUACUCACGACUAACGGAAUACACUCCGUCCAAUGUCCUACCUGUCGCCAUUGUCACGUACCUCUGUCUUCUUUUAAUCAGUCGAGUGGAUGUGGGCGGAGUCAAGCUCUCGACGUUCGUUGUAUUGGUGAGUGUCAUUUUCCAGUGGUGUGGAUUGAGGAAGUGGCUACCUUUGGGUGUUGAGUUAGGCAUAGUAAAGGACAAUAGUCUGCCAGUCAGCAAUGAUGCUAAAAAAAGGCGUCCCUCCUAUACUAUGAUGGUUGGACGGAUGAUAAGAAGAUUAUCAACUGUACAGGAGCAAGAGGAGGAGAUAGAGGAGGUGGAGGAGGAGGAAGAGGAGAGAGAGAAUGGAGGAGUAGCAAUGAGUAGUAUUCAUCGGAGGAGAUUGUUAGAACUUCUAAUUGAACAAGAGGCCGAGAUGAGGCAUUUUGAAGUAAAGAAACUAAGGCAAGUAAUUCUGUGCCUUAUUGUAUUGGCUGUGCUGUGUGCUGCUUCAGUAUAAUUAUAAACUCUAUUAUUAUUUAUUUCAUGCAGUAAAAAUCCAACAUUAAGAGAAUAGCAAUUAUUUAUUUUUUGUCACUAUAAUCUUUGUACAAUAGAAAUUUCAAUUUUGAUGAUUGAUGAUUAUAAUUUUGCUUUAAAGUCA